AUGGUGAAAGAUCCCAAUCCCCCGGCCACCGCGGAGAUUGUCGAAUUGUACAAUAGUCUGCGUUCGAAAAUCCUCCUCCUCUACGAUCUGCGCUUAGUUCAUUUGAACUGUGAUUUCGAACUUCAAGCUGCUCGUUGGCGUUUGGAUACCUUCGCUCCCGAUCAGCCAUUACCUCGUGGUUUGGCCAGUGUGACUGUUCCUACUCCACCCAACGCGAGUCGUCCUGUUGCACCGGGGCAAGGGAACGAUUUAGAUAAUCCUAGUUCAACCAUGUCCUCGGCAAUUACAACCCAAAUCGAUCCGGCCAUUUUAACUGCUCUACGGGAGUGUGAUUCAAAGCGUCCCAUUGUACCGCGCUAUUCUCUUGGGGUUGCCGGAACGUUGGCUGCUGCCGCUGGCACAGCUGGCCUGGCAAUGGCCGUUUCAAACCAUGCUACCGGUGGAGCUCUAGGCUCCGAGGCUCAGGGCGCGAAUCUUAGCGGCUCAACGCGCAAGUCUACCUGUCCGUCACCGAAACUUACUGCUCAGUCUCCGGACUCAGUCACUCUGUCCGCAGCUCGGUCUCCUUCUGUACAUUCCCAAUCAACUUCUGAUUCACCCGCACCACACCGUGCUACUCCAUCUCGUUCGGUCAGUGGUGGUAGUGCUCCCGGUGGUUCGUCUGUCCUAUCCUCAGCCCCGUCCACCACAGAAGGUGCGCCGGAAAGCGCCCAACGUCGAAGACGUGCAGCCGCAUUGGAACAGAGUAGAGUCUUGAAAAAACUGAAAAUAAAGGGUCAUUUAGUUGACUGA